UUUUUGCGCUUAUGUUAGCUGCAGCGUUGAAGUGGAAGAAGUAGUUGAAGCAAAGCACUUGACUUUUCCGAUUCCAACUAUCAGCUUCUAGUUUUCCGGCGACUUCCUGCGCUCUGUAGAGAUGGGGUGGAUGUCUCGAUUCUCAACAGUUCUUGCUUUCUUAGCGAUCGGAGUGGUGUUUUCACCGGAAACUUUUGGAUCAAAAUCCGACGGUCAGUAUCCUCUCAAGACCGUCACUUUUCUGAAAUUAGCGCACCUGCUCUGCUUCUCCACCGCUUGGGGCGCCGCUCUGUGGGUCACCUUCAUCGGCGGCAUUAUCAUGUUCAAGAAUCUGCCGAGGCAUCAGUUUGGGAAUCUGCAGAGCAAGAUGUUCCCGGCGUACUUUACUUUGGUCGGAGUGUGCUGCGCGGUCUCAGUGGCGGCCUUUGGGUACAUGCAUCCAUGGAAGACGUCCACUAGUGCUGAAAAGUAUCAGAUUGUCUUCAUUCUGGGUGCCUUUGCUUUCAACCUCAGCAAUCUUUUCGUGUUUACUCCCAUGACUAUCCAGAUGAUGAAGCAAAGGCAUAAAAUUGAGAAAGAGUCAAAUAUUGGAGAUGAAGUUGGGUGGACCAAGAAUCAGGAAGUUGCCAAGGUUAAUCCAAAGCUUGCUGCCAUGAACAAGAAAUUCGGAAUGGUUCAUGGACUCUCUUCUCUUGCGAAUAUCGUGUCUUUUGGUUGCCUUGCCAUGCACUCCUGGUAUUUAGCUGGAAAAAUUAAUUUUUAGAUUGAAUUGCGGAAUAUGACCGCCCUCAGAUGUUGUGGGCCUUAUAACUAUGUAUUAAAAUCCAGAGAUAAUGUGUGCCAAAAAAAUAAAAAUAUCCUGAUAAUAAUACGUACGUUUCGUGCCA